AUGGGAUUUAAUAUUUCAUCACAGAAAACGAACUUAUUGAGUGAAGUUGAAGACUGGUUGGCCGACGAUGUCAUUGAACAUUUUGGGAUUAGCUGUAUCUGUGUGUGUUGCCCCUUCCCCUACCACAACGUGUUGGACGAGUGCUUCUACCUGAGUACACAAGAGACCAAGUGGUGGAGUGCCAGGGAGCACUGCCUCGACAUCAAGGGCGACCUGGCCAAGCCCAAACACCAGUACGCCCUCAAGGAUUUCAUCUUCAAAAAAGCAGGUGAUGUGAGAGUGUUCAUAGGAGGCAAGGACGAAUACAAGGACCGUAACUUCAAGUGGCUGGACGGCACCCCCGUCAACGACAGUGAGUGGGCUCCGGGGGAACCCAACAACGAGUGGAAGAAGGAGCACUGCCUCGGAUUCAUUUCUUCAAAAGAACCAAUGCUCAUGGACAUAAUAUGCUCGCAAAAACUGCGGUUUGUUUGUCAGUAUUACCCAGGUCCCUAAUAUUAGUACUUAAGACAUAUAUCUUUACCAGUGUAAUCAACUCUGUCAACUUACAUUGUAGUU